GAGGAGGAGGAGGAAAAAAAAAAAAAGGCAACAAAAGAGAGAGUGGGGGAGAAAGAGAGAGAGAGGAGGAGGAGGAGGAAAAAAAAAAAAAAAACAGACUGCUGCAAAGCUGAGCUGAAAAGCAAAGCAAACAAACUUUGAAAAUAAAGGGGGAACAGGAAGUUUGGAAACGGUGUCCAAUAGAUAUGGCAAUGGUAGUCGGUGCGUGGCGAGACCCCCAGGACGAUGUGCCCGGAGCUCAGGGAACGCAGCCUUCGCAAGCCCCGCCGGUGCAGGGACCCCCGGCCGGGGCCCCGCACACCCCACAGACCCCGGGGCCCGGGGGCCCUCCCAGUACGCCAGCCCAGACCAACCCGCCAAGCCAGCAGAACCAAGGAGACAAACAGCAGCAGCAGCAGCACAUUGAAUGUGUGGUUUGUGGGGACAAGUCUAGUGGCAAACAUUAUGGCCAGUUUACCUGCGAGGGUUGCAAGAGUUUCUUCAAGCGGAGUGUAAGGAGGAAUCUCAGCUACACUUGUCGUGCCAACAGGAACUGUCCCAUUGACCAGCACCACCGCAAUCAGUGUCAGUACUGCCGCCUCAAAAAAUGCCUCAAAGUUGGCAUGAGACGGGAAGUUUCUUCUUUAUUUACUGCAGCGGUCCAGAGGGGCAGAAUGCCACCCACACAGCCAACUCACGGUCAGUUCGCCUUGACAAACGGGGACCCUCUCAACUGCCAUUCCUACCUAUCCGGAUAUAUCUCCCUUCUUCUGAGAGCCGAGCCCUACCCCACCUCCCGCUUUGGCAGUCAGUGCAUGCAACCCAACAACAUCAUGGGCAUCGAGAACAUUUGCGAACUGGCAGCUAGGAUGCUCUUCAGCGCGGUGGAGUGGGCCAGGAAUAUCCCCUUCUUCCCAGACCUGCAGAUCACAGACCAGGUGGCCCUGCUCAGGCUGACCUGGAGCGAGUUGUUUGUGCUCAACGCUGCCCAGUGCUCCAUGCCCCUCCACGUAGCCCCGCUCCUGGCAGCCGCCGGCCUCCACGCUUCGCCCAUGUCUGCUGACCGAGUGGUCGCCUUUAUGGACCACAUACGAAUCUUCCAAGAGCAAGUCGAAAAACUGAAAGCCUUGCAUGUCGACUCCGCAGAAUAUAGCUGUUUAAAGGCCAUAGUCCUCUUCACCUCAGAUGCCUGUGGUCUCUCUGAUGUAGCCCAUGUUGAAAGUUUACAGGAGAAGUCACAGUGUGCUUUGGAAGAGUAUGUUAGGAGCCAGUAUCCCAACCAGCCAACACGAUUCGGGAAGCUAUUACUACGUCUCCCCUCCCUUCGCACUGUCUCCUCUUCUGUCAUAGAGCAAUUGUUUUUCGUCCGUUUGGUAGGUAAAACCCCCAUAGAAACCCUAAUCAGGGAUAUGUUACUGUCUGGCAGCAGUUUUAACUGGCCUUAUAUGUCCAUUCAAUAAAAUAAUCGAGAGAGAGAAAAAAAAUAAAAAAAAAAAAAGAGAAGGGAGAUGAAAGAGAGUGAAAGGAAAGCAAAUGACAUUUGGGUUCUGGUUGUUUCUUAAAUUUCCUUCUGCUAAGAAAGGAUGUAAAAGGAUGUUACAAGUUUGCUAAGAGAAGACAGGAAAAAAAUUAAUGGACUGUGAAUUAAAAAAGAGACUGUCAAAUGAACUUUUACAGAAUGCAUUAAAAACUCCCGUGUCGUUCAGAAAAAAAAACUUGCUACUUAUCAUUUUUUGUAAAAAAUAAAAAAAAGAGAGAAAGAAAAAAGAAAGAAAGAAAAAAGAGAAAGAAGAAGAAAAGAAACGAUGGUGGGCUUUUUCUUUUUUUCUUUUUUCUUCUUUUUUUUCUUUUUUUGGGUAAACUUUUUAAAAAAAUCUCGCUUAAAGUGCAUUUAAAGGAAAUUUGGAGAAAAUUAGCAGAAUGGAAGAAAGUAAGUCUUUUUUUUCCAAAUUAUUAAUUGUCCUAUGUGUCUAUGUACCUAUAGCUGUUCUUUUUUGUAUUUUUCUGGUUUCAAACCAGUUUAUUCUGUGGUUCUAUAAUAAUUUUUGAUAUAAUCUUGGCUUCUUUAAAAAAAAAAAAAACUGUGUAUCCUUAAAAUAUAUGUUCUGAAAGAAUUAAAACUGAGUCCACGAAGGUAUCAUAGGAAGAAAGGAAAAGAGAAAAAAAACACUCAACAACACAAUGAUGGAAGCGCACUUAAGGUGGUGACCCAAAAUCUAGCUUGAAGCUGAGAGAACUAUAAUUAUAUAGACCCGAAUGAACCACACGUGUCAUAUAACUCCCCCCAAAUCUAGGUUUUUUGAUAUUUCGGACAGAAAAUGAACUGUGGGGAUUUAUUAUAGGUAGAAGGAUUCGUGUCCAAGACACACUGCGGUUUUGAUUUAAAAGCAAACAAACUAGCAAAGUGAACUUUUGUAAUUUGAAUUGGGUUCCACAUAGUUCAUCAUGAAUUGUUAUUAAACUCCUCUAUCUGUUUGUAUAUUUGCAAGCCCUUUGUAUUAUAAUAAUUGUUGAUAUUUUCCCUUUUUAAAAAAUACCAUUGAAAUCAGCAUGACAAAAUAACACUGUUGGCACUUAUAGAUAACGUGAUUGAUUCAGUAUCUUAGAGUUUACAGUUUUGUGUUUAAAAAAACUGAAGGUUUUUUUUUUAAGUGCAACAUUUCUGUAUACUGUAAAAGUUAUAAUAACUGAACUGUUUGGUCGAGUCUUUGUGUGUUAUAUUCCAAGGAAAAUUGAAAGUAUUCAGAAAUUAAAAUAUUAUUUGAUAUCUGAAACUUGUUUGGCUGUCAUAAAUGUCUUUCAGAAACCGCAUUACUUCUCUAUAGUUUGCAGUCAUUUAAGUCCAUAGGCGAUUGAUUUGUUUACUUGUCACAGUAAGUUUGUAGCAGAUGUAUUGUAGUGUAUUUACCUGUUUAAUUCCGGGAUGGGGGUGGAGGACUUAAGUUCGUGGUUUAUCUAUGGUUUUAGGAAGUACCAUGCUGAAAUGGUAAACCAUCAUCCCCCAUUCAUCUAAUCCUCCUGUUAAUUAAAAAUGGAUUUUCUGGAAAAAGAGAAAAAAAAAGGCCCUUAUUUUUGUCACACUUAAGUGCCUGCGUAGGAAAGGUAUUGUUGUGAAAAAGUGUUAGAAAUCUGGAGAUCAGUAUCUAUUUUAUGAUCAGAAUGGGGCGAAAAAUCUUUUGUAAAUGUCUGACAUACGCGCACAAGAUCAUUCAAGCAAGGUAAUAGCAGUAUUGUAAAUAUAGGUCAGUUGUUUGCAAUGAGUUUUCUUUAAGUACGUGUGAUUUUUUAUAAUACUCUGUAGUUGCCAUCUAUCGUUGUCAUUGAGAGGUCUUCAAAUGGAGUGGCUUUAGCUUCUAGCACCGAGGACUCGGUUUUUAAUGUACAUAUACUCUCAAGUGGGUUUGCUUUUUUUUUUUUUUUUUUUUUUAACCUUAGACUGUGAAAGCGUGACCACAGGUCAUCUCUAUAUUUUGCAUAGGGGAUGCAUGCCCGUGUGUCUGCUGGCACACACGCCUGCAGAGGCGGCCGGGCAUCUUCCCUGGGUGGAUGCCGGGCCCUGCCCGCAGCCCUGCCCCGGCCGCUCCCCGCCGCUGCUGGGAGCGCGAUCGUGGAGUGCCGGGGCCGGGGCCCCGGGGGCGGCCAGCGCCGGCCCGAGUAGGAGCCCCCCAGCCCCGCAGGAAGGCAAGAUUGGAGGCAAGACGCUGUGCUUUGCCCAGGGGGGUGGAUUUUGGUCCGUGCGUGUGCGUGUCAUUUAUUUUUUAUUUUUCUCUCUCUCUCCCCCCCCCAACGCCCGCCCUCUCGCCCCUUGGUCUAGAGCAGAUGCUUUGUAUGUGAAAGCUUGCAAUUUUGUUCCCGGCUGAGGCUUCCCCUCUCCCCUUCCAGCACACGUUACUACACCAUGUUGUGGUUUCACGAGAAGAGAGGGAGGGAGGGAGAGAGAUCAUUCUGUAAAGUCGAUUAAAGCCUGAUCUUUGGUGCGUUCCAGUCAGACACAUCUGUACUGGGGGCUGAGGGGCGUGUGACUGUGAAUUUGAGCAGAGUUUCACAUCUGAAUCAUGGCUCCUUUUCUAUAAAUAUAUAAAUAUAUAUAAAUAUAUAAAUAUACUAUUAUUGCAGGGGAUUGCUGACCUCUAGAUUUAGCUUUUUCUAUUGCAAGUGCUAUCCAUGUGAGUGUGUGUGUGUGAAGUUUUUAUGCUUACUAAGAACACAGGAUCUUGACUUGUUUGUUUUGUGUUAGUUUAUUGUAAACAACCAUUUGUUGUAAAUUGUUAUUGGCAUUAAAUUAUAAUUUAUGAUUUUCAAA